UACGUUUCACACUCCAGACCAGUAGGUGGCGGACAUGCACCUUUAACGUUGGUUUGCCAAUCCGCCAAAAAAACUCGAGAGAAGAAGAAGAAGGGACAGUUAUUAACGUGCAUGCUGAUGACUGCAGGCUGUUUGGUUCGCGAGCACGACAAUUAAUAAAUCUCUGUUUACAUCCUAACGUUGUCUAAGUAGUGUAUAUUUGGAACAGCUGGUCACAGUAAAGAGCGACGCACACGUCAGCACAUUUGAAGAUGUCUGUAACGGAGAUGUUUAGCUAUAUCCAAGGAUUUUUGAGUGCCGAUCAAGAUAUUCGAGAGGAUAUAAGAAAAGUUGUCCAAGUUCUGGAGCAGACAGCGAGAGAGAUCCUCACUGUUCUUCAAAGUGUUCAUCAACCAAGUGGUUUCAAAGACAUUCCCAGCAAGUGUCUAAAGGCCAGAGAGCUGUUCUGCACUGUAAGAAACCACACUGGAGAGCUGAAAACUAAGUUCCCAGUUGAACAGUACUAUCGGUAUCAUGAACACUGGAGAUUUGUUCUUCAACGACUUGCCUUCCUUGCAGCUUUUGUGGUAUACCUGGAAAGCGAGUCCUUGGUUACACGCGAGGAAGUGGCAAAAAUACUUGCCAUUGAAGUCGACAGAGAAAUAGGGUUUCAUUUGGAUGUGGAAGACUAUCUAGCAGGAGUUCUUAUUAUGGCCAGCGAGCUGUCCAGGCUGGCAGUGAACAGCGUGACCGCAGGGGACUAUGGAUGUCCGCUUAGGAUCUCAAACUUCAUCAAUGAACUUGACUCUGGCUUUCGGUUGCUCAACUUAAAAAACGACCCUCUUCGCAAGCGCUACGAUGGCCUCAAGUACGAUGUGAAGAAGAUUGAGGAGGUGGUAUACGAUCUUUCCAUCCGAGGCCUUGCCAAGGAGCAGGAGCAGGAGGAGGCUGGAGGAGAUAAGUAGAGGCGGUGUGGAAACACAAGAGGCCGCGGGGCACUACCCUGGCUGGGAUUCUCCAUGACUGGAAGAGUGGUUAAACCUGUCAGCGAGCAGGUGCUUGGAGGAAGAGGGGAGGGAAUGGAGGUUUUGAAGCCCCAGCAGCCUUGGGCAGUGUUUUUUAAACCACCUGCCCACCAUGACAGAGAUAAGUUCAGGUUUUAGAGGGGAGAUCUUCUCUUUCUCACUUUUGCUGAGAGAUUCUUAUGUACAGAUGCAUUUGUUUGCCUGUUUUUUUUUUUUUUGAUUGGAUGCUUUUUUACUAUUAUUGAUGUUUUUGUCUUGGCUAUCUCUCUUGUGAAUCAUUGUACAGUCAAACAAGAAGGAAGAAAUUUUUUUGGGGUGUUUUCAUAAAACAU